AUGAUUUAUUAUUUUUUCUGUAAAGCGUUUCCAGUGGACGCUAUUAACAGUGAUGAUUUAGAUGUAUAUUUUACACCGCAAUGUCAAAAUAAAAAAGUUCAUUCACUAUUUGGUAGUUUUGAACGUGGUUUAAAUACUGUUAAACAAAUUCUUACAAUAAAACGACUCAAUGCAAAUAAACCAAGAAAAACUUGGGAAACAGCUAAUAUAACAUCAUUAAAUUUCGAUAAUCCUGAUCAAUUAUGUGAUUUACUUGAACAACCUAUUAAAUUUAAUUCUCACCUUAAAUAUAAAGAAAAAAGAAGUCAUUUUAUGUAUGAUGUAUUUACUGAAGAUGAUUGGGAUAAAGUUGUAUUAGAAUUUAAUUUAGAAAUAGUUGCUGUAUAA